GGGGCGUCGAUAUGAAAUUAAUCGUUUUCUUGCCUCUCGCUCUCUCUCAUAUUUGGCGUUAGUAAUUCGUCAAUCGGAGUUCUAGGCUCUUAGUUGUUUUAAUUUUUGUUAAGCACACACUGUUAACCCGAUUUUAUAAUGGAGCCAAUGACUCUGGGCAGUCCUGUGAACAGUCCCGGCUCGAACCAGAGCCAAUACCUGCCGCCCUUUUUGCUGGGAGAUCCUCAGGGACUGACGCCGCACAAGAACACGCUCUCACCGAAACCCGGCCGUUACAAUGUGAGUUUUGCCACCUCGCCCGGCGGCAGCAGUCCCCAUGAGUUCAACCGAUCGGCCAUGAACAGCCGUACGCUUUUUGGCGCCCAAGCAAGCGGCGGCAUCCACAAUCUCUCCCAGCCUGUUGUGGGCGGAAAUGCCACGCCCGCUCCCACGCACAGCCACCACCAGGCGGGUCCGCCCACCCAAGGACUGUUCGAUUCGCUCCGCGAACAACCAGGCACCCCGCAACAAAGGAAUCACCACAUGAGCAUGCUGCAGCUGCAGUCGCCGAAUCAGAGCUUCCCGAGCUAUCAGACCAACGAUUCGUUUGCGCCCGGCGCACCCAACGUGGUCAAUGCCUCGAUGCGGGCCCUUUGCUCUCCGCUGGGAGCCACUGCAUCGCCAGGCGUUUUGGGCACGGCAACGCCAACAGGAGCAGCAGCCGGCAAUUCCCGGAUGGCCGACUUCUGGGUCACCAUAUUCGGGUUCUCGCCCGGCGCCAGCUCGAUGGUGCUGCAGCACUUCACACUGUGCGGCACCAUCGUGGACGUGGUGCAUGCCCCGCAGAACGGCAAUUGGAUGCAUGUGCGCUUCUCCUCGCGCAUCGAGAGCGACAAGGCGCUCAACUACAACCACAAGGUGAUCGCCGGCAACGUGAUGGUGGGCGUGGCACGCUGCACGGACCGAUCGGUCAUCGACAAGGAGAACAACAGCGGACUGGCCAAUGCAGAGGCGACGGCUCCGCCAUCAAGUCCCACGACCAUUCGCCCGUUCGCCCAGCAGUCGUACAAGUUGGCCCGCAGCGAAAACGCCAUCUCGCCCACGAGAGAUGUGCCGCAGAAGAGUUCCGGGCUGGUGGACAAGGCACUGGACCUCAUAUUCGGCUGGUGAGGCGGCGGCAAGAAGGAAGAGUCCUGGCUUCCGGCUACUUAUUUAAUAAUCACUGCGUACAUCCAGCAUACAUACAUACAUACUUAUUAAAAAGAGAUACAAUAGCAA